AGAGCGGGGACGAGCCGGGAAAGAGCACCCGAGACCCGCAACCUGUCCUUGCGUGGAGAGCACCGGCCAGGACCAUGCGGCCCCAGCUGGGGUUCGGAUCUGCGGUUCUCCGGACGGCGGUGACUGCGCUCUGCGGUUUAAAGUCCAUACAAGGAAGCUGCCAUGUUUGUACUGCUGUUCCUAAGCAUAUCACUUACAAGGAACUAAAAAACCUGUUAACUUCUGGAAACAUUAUGUUAAUUGAUGUUAGGGAGACAUGGGAAAUUCUACAACAUGGUAAAAUCCCUGGGUCUAUUAAUAUACCAUUGAGUGAAGUAGGCCAAGCUCUGGAGAUGAACCCAAGAGAUUUCAAAGAGAAGUAUCAUGAAGUAAAGCCAUCUAAAUCUGACAGUAUCGUGUUUUCUUGUCUAGCUGGAGUGAGAAGCAAAAAGGCUAUGGACACAGCAAUAUCUCUAGGCUUCGGCAGUGCCCAACACUAUGCUGGAGGAUGGAAGGAGUGGGUAACCUAUGAAUUUCCAGAGAAGAAACAAGGACAUUGAACUUUGGAAUACAAGAUGACUUUCCUUGUAUACAUGGAGUGUAAAAUAGGAUCGAGGCAAAAGAACAAUCAAAUCCUGGCGCCAGUGGUUAAGCAUAAGAGCAAUCUGUGUAAGCCA